GACACGUAGAUUUUACUGCCGAAGUAGAAAGGUCUUUACGGGUUUUAGAUGGCGGAAUUGUCGUCAUUGACGGAAAAGAAGGCGUAGAAGCCCAAACCGAAACUGUUUGGAACCAGGCUGAAAAAUACAAAAUCCCCCGCCUUAUUUUUAUUAAUAAAAUGGACGGUGUAGACCAUGUAGAAAAUCGUUUUGCUGCUUGCUUGCAAAGUUUAGAAGAAACAUUAUCCGAUAAAUUACUCACUUGUCAAUUUCCUAUCGGAGAAUACCAAGGAAUUGAAGGAAUUAUUGACUUAAUAGAAGAAAAAGCUUGUUAUUUUCAAGGCGACGACAAAGAAAAUUAUCAAAUUAAGGAGAUACCUACCCAUUUGCGCGAAAAAGCCCGAAUUCAUCGGCAAAAUCUAUUAGAAAAAAUUAUUGCUUAUGACGAAAAACUAGGCUUAAAAUAUUUGGAAGGCCAACCAUUAACC